AUGAGUCCUCAUCAUUUGUCGAACAGCCUGUGGGCACUUGCGAAUUUGCAUGAUGCCGCGCCACAAGCGCUGACAGCUGUGCCAGCCAUCGAAGAGCACAUACCGCGCAGGGUGAAAAGCAUGAAGCCCCAAGAGUUGUCAAGCAGUCUGUGGGCAGCUGCGAAUCUGCAAGAUGCAGCACCGCAAGUGCUGGCAGCCGUGCCGGCCAUCGCAGAGCACAUGCCGCACAAGGUAGAAGACAUGAACCUGCAGGAGUUGCUGAGCAGCUUGUGGGCACUUGGGAACCUUCAAGAUGCUGCACCACAUGGGCUGACAGCUGUGUCAGCCAUCGCACAUGGGAUUUCUAUCAAGGUUUAUCAGGGGCCAUUCCCGCCGUUGACGAAGAUCCUGAGCACGCGGUCUGUGGUGCUAUCAGCUGACAGGUUGCUGGGGUGCUCCUCGGCCAUACUUGUCUGA